AUGGCAGAGGCAGCGCUGGAGCCGUGUGAGCUGCACUAUCACAAUGACCUCUCGGUGCCGUCUUCACCUUCCACAGUGCGCAGCGAGUGUGACAUCACCCCCCUCACACCCCCCCACACCCCGAGGGCGGCGACGAGAUCAAACACCUGUCCAUUCUCUGUGGUCGUGGCCAUCGACUUUGGAACCACCUCCAGCGGUUACGCCUUCAGCUUCACCGACUCCGAGGCUAUCCACAUCAUGAAGCGCUGGGAGGGCGGAGACCCUGGGGUGGCCCAUCACAAGAGCCCCACGUGCCUGCUGCUGACCCCAGACCUGCGCUUCCACAGCUUCGGCUUCUCUGCCCGAGAUUUCUACCACGACAUGGACCCUGAGGAGGCCCGGCUCUGGCUCUACCUGGACAAGUUCAAGAUGAAGAUCCACAGCACCAGCGAUGUCUCCAUGGAAACAGAGCUGGAGGCAGUAAAUGGCAGGAAAGUCCGAGCCAUCGAGGUGUUCGCCCACGCCCUGCGCUUCUUCAGAGAGCACGCCCUCAAGGAGGUGAAGGAGCAGUCGUCCACGGUGCUGGAGGCGGAGCAGAUCCGCUGGGUCAUCACUGUGCCGGCCGUGUGGAGACAACCAGCCAAGCAGUUCAUGAGAGAGGCCGCCUACCUGGCUGGCCUGAUGUCUCCACACUGUCCCGAGCAGCUGCUGAUUGCUCUGGAGCCCGAGGCCGCCUCCAUCUACUGCCGCAAGCUCCGCCUACACCAAGUGAUUGACUUGAGCAUGCAGCCAAUCUCCAACGGCCUGGGCACAGACAGCUCCCGUCCCUUGGACUCCAGCUUCAGACAAGCGCGGCAGCAGCUCCGGCGCUCAAGGCACAGUCGUACCUUUGCUGUAGAGAGCGGCAGUGGAGAGCUGUGGUCAGAGCUACACACAGGUCAGUGUCCCCGCUACACACAGGUCAGUGUCCACGCUACACACAGGUCAGUGUCCCCGCUACACACAGGUCAAUGUCCACGCCACACACAAAGGUCAGUGUCCACGCCACACACACAGGUCAAUGUCCACGCUACACACAGGUCAGUGUCCACGCUACACAAGGUCAGUGUCCUUGCUACACACAGGUCAGUGUCCACGCUACACAAGGUCAGUGUCCAGGCUACACAAGGUCAGUGUCCUUGCUACAUACAGGUCAGUGUCCCCGCUACACACAUGUCAGUGUCCCCGCUACACACAGGUCAGUGUCCACGCUACACACAGGUCAGUGUCCCCGCUACACGCAGGUCAGUGUCCCCGCUACACGCAGGUCAGUGUCCCCGCUACACGCAGGUCAGUGUCCACGCCACACACAGGUCAGUGUCCACGCCACACACAGGUCAGUGUCCACGCCACACACAGGUCAGUGUCCACGCUACACACAGGUCAGUGUCCCCGCUACACGCAGGUCAGUGUCCCCGCUACACGCAGGUCAGUGUCCCCGCUACACGCAGGUCAGUGUCCACGCCACACACAGGUCAGUGUCCACGCCACACACAGGUCAGUGUCCACGCCACACACAGGUCAGUGUCCACGCCACACACAGGUCAGUGUCCACGCCACACACAGGUCAGUGUCCACGCUACACACAGGUCAGUGUCCCCGCUACACACAGGUCGGUGUCCCCGCUACACACAGAUCAGUGUCCCCGCCACACACAGGUCAGUGUCCACGCUACACACAGGUCAGUGUCCACGCUACACACAGGUCAGUGUCCACGCCACACACAGGUCAGUGUCCACGCUACACACAGGUCGGUGUCCCCGCUACACACAGAUCAGUGUCCCCGCCACACACAGGUCAGUGUCCACGCUACACACAGGUCAGUGUCCACGCUACACACAGGUCAGUGUCCACGCUACACACAGGUCAGUGUCCACGCCACACACAGGUGAUCGCUACGUGGUGGCGGACUGUGGCGGGGGCACAGUGGAUCUGACCGUGCAUCAAAUUGAGCAGCCCCAGAACACCCUGAAGGAGCUGUACAAGGCCUCAGGGGGGCCACACGGGGCAGUGGGGGUGGACCUGGCUUUCGAGUCCAUGCUGUGCGAGAUCUUCGGGGAGGACUUCAUCCAGAGCUUCAAAGCCAAGCGGCCCGCAGCCUGGGUGGACCUGAGUAUUGCCUUUGAGGCCCGCAAACGCACCGCGGCCCCGGGACGCGCCAACGCCCUCAACAUCAGCCUUCCAUUCUCCUUCAUCGACUUCUACAAGAGGCACCGCGGGCACAGCGUGGAGGCGGCACUGAGGAGGAGCAGUAUGAACAUAGUGAAGUGGUCCUCCCAGGGCAUGCUCCGCCUCACUCAGGAGGCCAUGCACGAGCUCUUCCAGCCCACCAUCCAAAACAUCGUCAGACACAUUGAGGAGCUGCUGCGGCGCCCAGAGGUGCAGGGUGUGCACUUCCUCUUCCUGGUGGGGGGCUUCGCAGAGUCGCCCAUGCUGCAGAAGGCCAUCCAGAGGUCGGUGGGGCGCUGCUGCCGGGUAAUCAUCCCUCAUGACGUGGGCCUCACCAUCCUGAAGGGGGCAGUGUUAUUUGGCCUGGACCCCAGCGUGAUCCGGGUGCGUCGUUGCCCUCUCACCUACGGGGUGGGGGUGCUCAACCGCUUUGUGGAGGGCAGACACCCACGGGACAAGCUGCUGCUGAAGGACGGGCGCCAGUGGUGCACAGACAUCCUGGACCGUUUCGUCUGUGUUGACCAAUCAGUGGCUCUGGGAGAGGUGGUGAGGCGGAGCUACACCCCGGCCCGCGUCGGCCAGAAGAAGAUCAUUAUAAACAUCUACUGCAGUUGCUGUGACGACGCAGUGUACGUGACCGACCCUGGGGUCAGCAAGUGUGGGACCAUCACUCUGGAGCUGCCCGCCAAUUCAGCUCUGCCCUGCCCCAGGACUGCAGGACUCCCCCCAGCCACCCCCCCACAGCGCAGGGAGAUCAGGGCCACCAUGCAGUUUGGAGACACAGAGAUCAAAGUGACUGCUGUGGACGUCCUGACCAACCUCUCUGUGCGUGCCUCUGUGGACUUCCUGUCCAACUGA